AAAACGAUUCGAGAAGACUUUAAAGAGUGCACCAUUCUGACUAUUGCUCACAGAUUAAACACAAUCAUGGACUCCACUCGUGUCCUCGUUCUUGAGAAGGGAGAGGUUGCUGAAUAUGAUUCACCACAAAACCUCUUGCAGAAAAAAGAUUCCAUGUUUUACUCCCUGGCGAAAGAUGCGGGUCUGAAAGUACUCAGUGUAUUUUUUAUGUGCUCUGUGGACAUCCCCCUGAAGAGCGUAUUUCUACCACCUUUUACCCCAUUGGUCGAGAUGGGUCCUGUUCCUGUAUCCCAAAGGGACAUAAAUCUAGAAAACGCGAACACCCAGGUACCCCUCACGAUCUCAAAGGAUCUUAUUCCCUGA